AUGAAGAGGGGUAGUAAACUAGACUCGUUUGUGCUACCCAACAGGCUCACACUGCUUCAGAUUUUCAUGCUGGUGAUGCUCUUUUACUUGCUCUUCAUGAGCUUCGAAAUCCCUCUGGCUUUCAGAGCCGGGUUCGGUUCCGAAAACGGCGCCGUUUUCCUCACGGACUCAUUGCCCAUGCCCAUGCCGCUCUUGCUUGAAGAACCGAACCAUGGGGUACAAAUUCGCGAACCCAGAGGGUUAAAGUUGGAGAAAGUUUCCUCCUUGAAGUUCAACGGAAUCUUCUCGGAGGGUUCAGAGCUGCACAAGGUGGCGCGGCAUGCGUGGGUUGCUGGGGAGAAACUCUGGGGGGACGUGGAGAGUGGGAAAGUGAAGAGCUUUGCGAAGGGGAAGGCUGAAAACGGGUCGGACUCGUGCCCGAAUUCGGUUUCAGUUUCCGGGGCUUCGUUUCGGGCGAAAGGGGUAAUGGUGCUGCCAUGCGGACUGACGCUGUGGUCGCAUGUGACGGUGGUGGGGACGCCGCGUUGGGCGCACGCGGAGAGGGACCCUAAGAUAGCGGUGGUGAGGGACGGCGAUGAGGCGGUGAUGGUGUCUCAGUUCAUGAUGGAGUUGCAGGGGUUGAAGGCUGUGGACAAAGAGGAACCGCCGCGGAUUCUGCAUUUCAAUCCGAGGUUGAGAGGGGAUUGGAGUGGGAAGCCUGUGAUUGAGCAGAACACUUGCUAUAGGAUGCAGUGGGGUUCUGCUCUCAGGUGUGAGGGGUGGAAGUCUCGUGCGGAUGAGGAAACUGUUGAUGGACAUGUAAAAUGUGAAAAGUGGAUUCGCGAUGACAAUAAUCAUUCUGAAGAGUGGAAGGCAACAUGGUGGUUGAACAGACUGAUAGGACGAAAAAAGAAGGUGACAAUUGAUUGGCCAUAUCCUUUUGCAGAGGGUAAGUUAUUUGUUCUCACCAUAAGUGCCGGCUUGGAAGGUUACCAUGUUAGUGUGGAUGGAAGGCAUGUGACAUCCUUUCCCUAUCGCACGGGAUUUGCUCUUGAGGAUGCUACUGGACUAUCCAUAAAUGGGGAUGUUGAUGUGCACUCUAUAUUUGCGGCUUCCUUGCCUACAUCACAUCCUAGCUUUGCUCCACAGAUGCAUCUUGAAUUGCUUCCUCAGUGGAAAGCUCCUCCUCUUCACAAUGUGAAUGUGGAUCUCUUCAUUGGUAUCCUUUCUGCUGGAAACCAUUUUGCUGAACGGAUGGCUGUGAGGAAGUCCUGGAUGCAGCAUAAGUUAAUCAAAUCUUCACAUGCCGUGGCUCGAUUUUUUGUUGCAUUGCAUGCAAGGAAGGACAUAAAUGUGGACAUAAAGAAAGAAGCUGAGUAUUUUGGUGAUAUUAUUAUAGUCCCAUACAUGGAUCAUUAUGACCUUGUUGUGUUGAAGACCAUAGCUAUCUGUGAAUAUGGGAUUCACACAGUAGCUGCUAAGUAUAUCAUGAAGUGUGAUGAUGACACAUUUGUCAGAGUGGAAUCUAUUGUAAAUGAAGCAAGACAAGCUCAAAGUGAUAAAAGUCUCUACAUGGGAAAUAUGAAUUACCACCAUAGGCCUCUUCGCUAUGGGAAAUGGGCUGUAACUUACGAGGAAUGGGUAGAGGAAGAAUAUCCUAUCUAUGCCAAUGGCCCAGGUUACAUAAUCUCGGCUGACAUUGCGCAGUUCAUUGUAUCUGAAUUCGAGAAGCGUAAAUUAAAACUAUUUAAAAUGGAGGACGUGAGCAUGGGAAUGUGGGUGGAGCAGUUCAACAGCACAAGAGCAGUGGAGUAUGUGCACAACUUGAAGUUCUGCCAAUUUGGUUGCAUUGAAGAGUACUACACUGCACAUUACCAAUCACCAAGACAAAUGACAUGCAUGUGGGAAAAAUUGCAACAUCAAGGAAAACCACUCUGUUGCAACAUGAGAUGA